ACGAACCCUUGGUUUCGAUUUCAACCUUUUUUUUCUCCUUUAAAACCAUUCUUUAUCUCUCCCACUUUCAAAUCCCUUCUCUAGCUAUCCCUAUUUCGCUUUCCCUGCUAUUCCAAGCCAUUUUUAUCUUCUUUAUUGUUGCUUGAAACCCAAGUAACCGUUUCGUGAAGCAGCCAACCGGCACUGGAAAGCUUAGGGAUUCAUGAGUUGCAACGGGUGCCGAGUCUUACGAAAAGGAUGCAGCGAGUCUUGUAUUUUACGUUCAUGUCUGCAAUGGAUCGCCAAUCCUGAAUCGCAAGGCUUUGCUACUCUUUUCGUUGCCAAGUUCUUCGGUCGUGCGGGUCUCAUGUCUUUCAUUUCCGCCGUUCCAGAACCUCAACGUCCUGCUUUGUUCCAAUCACUGUUGUUCGAAGCUUGUGGGAGAACAGUGAAUCCCGUGAAUGGAGCCGUCGGACUUUUAUGGACCGGAAACUGGCAUGUUUGCCAAGCGGCGGUUGAAACUGUUCUACGGGGAGGAACUCUCCGGCCGAUACCUGAACUUCCAGCUCCGACAGAAUCUAAUGAAGCAUCCGAAGCUGCCGGUACUGCGGACAUGUGGAAAUUGCAAGAAACAGCGACAAGUCUGAACUCCAACUGUCGUUUUUCAUCACAUAAGCGUAGAACCAUCGGUGAGUUGAAGAAAUUACAACCGUCCGAUCUAGAUCUUUGUUUGACUCCAAGCUUUAAAGGAAACCGAGUGCUGGAUAAUAGACGGCCCGGGACUCCGUCUGUGAUCUCGGAUGAAUCUGUCACGACGGCGACGUGCUCUGAAAGUGGGUUUGCAGGUCAAGGGAAGUUACUAAACUUGUUUGUUUAAUGAGGCAAUAAAGAAAAUAGCUUUUCUUUUUGGUGAAUCUAACGUUGAAAUGAUCUAGUGUUGCUGUAAUGUUCUUUUUCUACCCCAAUCAUUACUUUUUGCAAA